UGACCUCGCAGAGCUCCAGAAGAAGAGCAGAGCUACACACGGAGCUGUCACGGUGGAUCAUGGCCGCAUCCAAGCCGGUGGAACCACAGUCUGCAGCCGGCCUACCGCGCUGGCAAUUGGCCUUACUAGUCGGGACCCCAAUAGUGCUCGGAGUAGGGGCCGUUUACCUCUGGAACAGAAACCGGUCGAAGAAGGACCGAAAGGGGAAAGGAAAUGGUGAACGAAAGACUCCAGAAGGCAGCGCUAGCCCCGUACAGGGCCAAGACGGCGAAGCACGGGCCAACCGGGAGCUGGAGAACAUGACUCCCCUGGACCGGGCCCAGGGAGCCAAGAACAAGGGCAACAAGUACUUCAAGGCGGGGAAGUAUGACCUGGCCAUCCACUGCUACACAGAGGCCAUCUCCCUCUGCCCAACUGAGCAGAAAACGGACCUGUCCACCUUCUACCAGAACAGAGCGGCUGCCUACGAACAGCAGAUGAAGUGGACGGAGGUGGUGCAGGACUGCUGCCAGGCGGUGGAGAUGAACCCCCGCUACGUCAAGGCUCUGUUCAGACGCGCCAAGGCCCUGGAGAGACUAGACAACAAGAAGGAGUGUCUGGAGGACGUGACAGCUGUGUGCAUCCUGGAGUCCUUCCAGAACCAACAGAGCAUGCUGCUGGCCGACAAGGUGCUCAAGUCCCUGGGCAAGGAGAAGGCCAAGGACAAGUACAAGAACCGUGAGCCACUGAUGCCGUCGCCGCAGUUCAUCAAGUCCUACUUCAGCUCCUUCACGGAUGACAUAAUCUCUCAGCCGCUGCAGAAGGGCGAGAAGAAGGACGAGGACAAGGACAAGGAGGGCGAGGCCGCAGAGGUCACCGCAAGCUCUGGCUACCUGAAGGCCAAGCAGUACAUGGAGGAGGAGAACUACGACAAGAUCAUCAGCGAAUGCACCAAGGAGAUCGACUCGGCAGGCCGCUACACCACGGAGGCACUGAUCCUGAGGGCCACCUUCUACCUGCUGAUCGGGAACGCCAACGCCGCCCAGCCCGACCUGGACCGCGUCAUCAACACACAGGACGCCAACGUCAAGCUGCGGGCCAACGCGCUGAUCAAGCGCGGCAGCAUGUACAUGCAGCAGCAGCAGCCCAUGCUCUCCACGCAGGACUUCAACAUGGCCGCCGAGAUCGACAGUCACAACGCCGACGUCUACCACCACAGAGGACAGCUGAAGAUCCUGCUGGACCAGGUGGAGGAGGCGGUAGGAGACUUCGACGAGUGCAUCCUCCUGCGACCAGACUCUGCUCUUGCCCAGGCCCAGAAGUGCUUCGCUCUCUACCGGCAGCAGUACACGGGGAACAACCCCUACCAGAUGCAGACCGCCAUGGACUGCUUCGAGGACGUCAUCCGGCGCUUCCCCAAGUGUGCCGAGGGUUACGCCCUCUAUGCUCAGGCCCUCACUGACCAGCAGCAGUUUGGUAAAGCAGAUGAGAUGUAUGAUAAGUGCAUUGAGCUGGAGCCAGACAACGCCACGACAUACGUCCACAAGGGGCUGCUGCAGCUCCAGUGGAAACAGGAUGUGGACCUUGGCCUGGAGCUCAUCAGCAAGGCCAUCGAGAUCGACAACAAGUGUGACUUUGCCUACGAGACCAUGGGGACCAUUGAGGUCCAAAGGGGUAACCUGGACAAGGCAAUAGACAUGUUCAACAAGGCCAUCAACCUGGCCAAGUCUGAGAUGGAGAUGGCCCACCUGUACUCCCUGUGUGACGCCGCCUACGCCCAGACCGAAGUCGCCAGGAAGUACGGCCUCAAGCCGCCCACGCUGUAACCGUGGUUACACACGCCCACCGUCAAUCACAAUCCUCCCGCAGCUGAGCCUGGUUUUUGUUUAUGAAUUCAAAUGCGACCGUUGACGUUUUAGUGUGUUGACGAUGGAAACAGUUCUGGGUUAGGAACCCCUUGUGUUUACAUCCAAUCGGAGAGAGGUUUUUGGUGCCGGUUGGUUCCCUUGUGACCCUGGGCUCCCCUGCCUGAGACCUGGUUUAGAGAUUGUUUCAACCUAACUAGCCUUCAGCUGGGACUUAAAUUAGACUUGCAGCACCCUGAUGUCCAUCUCUAAACCCAGGAAUUAUCUGUCAUUCUGGGGUACUCUAUUCUGUCAUUCAAAUGGUCUUUGUUCUGACAUUCAGAUUACCUCCCUUUCAUUUAGAUUAUUUGUUCCGACAUUCAGAUUAUAUCUGUCCUGCCAUUCUUAUUGUCUCUAUCUUCUCGUACCGAUGUUCUCUAUCCUGUCAUGCAGUGUAUAUCCGUCACAAGGGCCUGUCCAGUGCUUAUGAUCUGCUUUCAAUCCAAAAGUAGAAUCCAAAACUAAAUUAGAAUCAUGCUCCCUCAAUUUGACAAGUAGUAUUCCUAAAAUACUAUGAAAGCAUUGUCUAAUUUAAUUUGGCUUGCCGAAUUGUUUAAUUUCUCUAACCUUUGCUUUCUAAUGUGUAUGUUGUCCGGCUUCAUCCUACGUUCAAACAUGACGAAGCAGAGAAUGCAAGAUAAAGACCUAUAGUCCAAUGUGUGAUGGGAGUGAUUUUUUGUUUUGUUAUAGUAAAUACUGGAAUGAAUCACUUGUUGGCAGUGCGCACGGUUUAGCCAUGAGCUUCAACAUGUUAAUGCGUCCUUUAAGUGUUAUGUUUUUUGUAUUUUUACUUUGUUUUUUGGGGGAUUGCCUAGUUUUGUUUUCUAUGCCUUGUACAGCAUGUGAUGUGGAUGCAAUGCUUGCCCUGAUGUUUUGAAACCUCAACAUAAGGAUUCUGGACUAGUCGUCAUGGCAACUGGGUUUAGUUGGGCUCGUCUCCGUUCAAUACCAGCAGUCAAACUGGAACAUAUUUUUUUUUCCCAAUCCCUACAGGAUUCUGUAGCCAAUUUAAUAUUUUGUUAUUUAAUUUUUUCUGAUUAUUCUGCAGACUGGUCUUUUAAGACGGCAAAGACACAUACACACAAACUAAUAUUAACAAUACAUUUUUUCAUCCUAUGGUUUAUUGCUGGUAGGCUUAAUUCAGACCUGUUAAUAACUACAAAGUCAUAUUGAACAAAUUACAAAGUGGUAGACUUUCUGUUAUGAUUGUAUCUAAGUAACUGAUCAGUGCUUUGGUUUGUAAUUAUAGAAUACCCAACAACAAUCUGGCCAGCACUUAUGGAAGAUGAUAUUUUAAAGUUCUUCUGUCACCAACUAAUUAAACCUACAUUCCAUUCUGAACACACGUUUGACCGCUGUCAGUGAAAGAACCCUCAGUAUAUUAGAAGAACCAUAGAGUAAUCUUUAACAUGGAUGUGAGCCUUUGACAAUUAUGUGCAUCUGCAGAUUUCAGUAAUUUUGACUAUGUUCUGGGAAAACUUACACUAUUCUUUGAGAUGUACCACGACCAAAGUAAAAGAACAUAUGAAUCCUAAUAAAGUUAUAAUUACUUGAAAACAAAAUCAGUCAUUUAUUCUGUAGUUCUCUAGAAU